AUGGAUCCAUAUAGACCAAAUCAUUAUGCUCCUUAUCGACCCUCCUAUGACCGACAGCAAUAUAUUCCACCAGGAGGAUCACCGUAUGGACCUUCCUCCAGACCUGGUUUUGUUCCAGGAGGACAACCUUCACGACCUGGUUAUGUGGCUCCUAGACCUGGGUAUGGACAAAUGGUACCUACUCAAAUAAUGACCACCACGACAACAGAAGUAGAAAAAUUAACAACACUUUUUAUCGGAGGGAUUUCACCAGGUGUGACAGAUGAUUGGAUGGAAAAAAUACUUAAGACGUGCGGAUCAUUGAAAUCCUGGAAACGAGUUAAAGAUCAAUCUGGGAAUCCCAAAGCGUUUGGAUUCGCUGAAUAUUCGGAUGCUGAUAGUGUUCUACGAGCAUUACGUGUUUUGGGUGGUGAAGGAGCCGGCGACGAUAAAAAAGAUAAAGGUGUCGUACUACCCGCAUUAGAAGAAGGAGCAUCUGGCAAAAAAUUAAUAGUUAAAGCCGAUGAAAAUACUAGGAAAUAUCUUGAUCAAUAUGAAGCUUCAAGACCAAGAACUGUGCACGACUCUGAACUCGAUAAAAAUGCACUCCUAGCUGUUAUAAGUGUGGUGGAAGAUAUGACCAAACCACCUCAGGAAGUUAAAGAGCAAUCAUUGUCAUCAUUAGCAACCUCCCCCCGUGAUAAUAAAUCUGUUAAUAGGUCAUCGCCUUUACCUGAACAAGCAAUUGAUCAUAUAGAAAAAGAUGAUGAUACAGAUUUACCCGCGGACCUUCCUCCUGAACAAAAGGAUCUUAUUUAUCGGGAGAUAGCAUUUUUCAGAGAACGUGCCGCUGCCAGAGAAAGGGAACGGCAGAAAGAAGAAGAAGAACGAGCGACCCGUAGAGCUAAAGCAGAACAAGCGAGAGAACGUUCUUCUCAUGGUCGAGAAACUAGAGAACGACAAUACGGACAUUAUCAUCAACCUGUUAAUUUUGUUCCUGCUAGAGAAUCAAGACGUGAAUCGUAUGUAUUAGACGAUGAAGAGGAGGAACAAAGAAGACAAGCUAAACGAAAAACGGAAAUGGAAAUGGCUUUUAAGGAGAGGGAAAGACGUUGGCAACAUCGAGAAGAGACUAUGGCAGCUAAUCGUGAACGAGAUUCAGAACGUGAAAUAGACAUGAGAGAAAAACAAAUACGUGAUAAAGAAUUAAUGGCACGUAAGUUAGCUGAGUGGGAUGAUGAUACUGAAGCUGAACGAGGGCAAGAAGAAUAUUAUCGGGAUCGACAACAAUUUCGAGCACGUGAGAUGGCAUUAGAUGAACAAGAUAGAAUUCGUGAACAACAAGAAAUCGAAGCCGAGCAACGUAAGAUAGAAUGGGAGCGUGUGCUUGAAGAAGAGAAGAAAUUACGCAUGGAAGCUAUGGAAGCAGAAUUGAACAAAGAGGAAGAGGCAACUUUAAUUGCUAAUGCUUCUAAUGGUUCUACUCCAAGUAAUAAUAAUAAUGUUAAAGCAAAACUUACAUUAAAUAUUUCCUCUAAACGUCGUUCAACAUUAAUGGCACCCGUUGAAGAGGAAGAUGAAGAUGAGGAUGAUGAAAUCGAAGUUAAAAAGAAACGAAGAGUGCUAGUCCCAUUAGAAUAUAGUGAUAAUGAAGAUGAUGAAAAGAGAACUGAAGAUCGAAAAAAGAAGAUUAAAGAAUUGGUUAAUACUAUUCCUUCAGAUAAAGAAGGUCUGUGGAAAUGGAAUACGAUCCUUGAUAAUAAACUACGACCUUUCGUUAGUAAGAAAAUUGUGGGAUACCUUGGAGUACAAGAAGAUGAACUUGUUUCUUUUGUAACGGAUCAUUUAAGAAAUAAUAAAUCAGCUGCACAAUUAACCAAAGAAAUGGAAGUGACGUUAGACGAAGAAUCCGAACUUUUUGUAAUGAAAUUAUGGCGUAUGUUAAUUUAUGAAACUGAAAGCAAAGCACGGAAAUUGUAA